GUUUUGCCGCUCAACUGCUAAUUAAUCGUUCCAGUCAAGGCAACCUUGACUUUCACUACCUAGGUAGGUUUCAACACCUGUUGUGGAAGACUACCGCCAAAAUGGGUGACCCUUCGUCCGCCGAGAUGGUUAAAGAGCUGCAUAGAGACCUAGUGGGUAAAUACAAGAAACACGCAGCCGUGGUCGAGCAAUACUGGCGAAGCUUCGAUCAGAACCAACGAACACAAUGCAUCAAAGCUGGCGCAGCUGGAGGCGUUGUUAUUAAGGAUCCUCUGGAUCGAUCUAUGGGAAAUGUGUACAAAAUUCUUCCCGAAAUCAACCUGCGCGAUAUCACGAAUCCUGAGUCCAAUUUUCUCUUGGACCUCCUCAAACAUCGUGCCACGAGUACCCUGCUUGAUCAAUACAUGACUGGCCUCAAUGACGGCCCUGGUGAUCAUGCCUUCAUAAAACAAAUGAUGGAUACCAGGAAUCUCCACCUGGUCAAUCCUGACAAGAACGGACUCACCCUUUUCCUGGAAGAAGACCGGUACGGUGAGACAUUCACAAUUACUGGCGACGUAUCCCAAGUCAGGGCUGGGCUUGCUCCUGCUAUUAACGCAAAUCUAUGUGUUUCUCAAGAGCUGGGCGAACUGAUUUUGCAAAGACAACUCUAUAUGCACCAAACUCUUAAUAUUGUCAUCGAGGACAUCCUGGACAUCGGUUCGAAAACGCGGGAUCGGAAAAGGCCCUCGAAGAAAUCAGAUAAAGUCGCAGCGGCCACCCUUUCAAAACUCCGUAUUCAAGAACCAGCAAAGAGUCUUUCGUUACCUGAUCUUGUUGAUAGUGCUGCAGACCAGAAGGCGACCCUUGAAGAGUAUUUGAGUUUACUCUCCACAGAGCCUGUCGUACUUACUCACGCUAUCAACUUAUGCUUCUUCAGUCGUCCUGAGUUGCUUCCCGAUGAGAAAGGUAGGGUUUUGCCAGUACAUACUGAUAAGUAUAUCAGUGGUAUGGUGUUGGAAGCAGUCUACAACGCUAUCAAAGCAGCUGCUAUCUGGAACUAUAUUCACAGGCUCCUUGUCCUCUUAGCGUCCCAGCCCGCAGCCGAUAAAAUUUGCAGAGGCAUAGUUCUACAAGAAAUCUCCAAUGUCUGUCACCUGGAAUAUAGCCGCACCCGAGCUCUCUUCAAACGCAACGUUCAAACAGCCUCUGGUGUCAAGUGGUCCAAGCGGAUAUCUAACGUAUACGACAAAGCGGGCAACGCGAAGGUGACCAUGAACGUUGACCCUGAAAUCUUGACACGGACUGAUCCGCAGCUCCACUAUAUGCUUCGUCUUUGUCAGUCCGAGACCAAUGUUUUAAGGGCUGCUGACUGGCUAAAGAAGUUAAGCAACCUCCAUGAGGCUCACCCAUCGGAACGGGUAAAGCUGGAAGAGAGGGAAGCGGACUCGCUCGGCGACUUAGCCAUCAUAACAUCUUUUAUACAAGACCUAUCACGAGCGAUAUCCAUACCCUCACUGGCUCACAAGAAAAAUCAGAUCUUUAUAACCCGCUCGCAAGAGCUCGACGCGGAAAUGAAUACACUUAAGUCAAAGAUUGACCUACGAGACUUCGUGGUCCCCAUCGAUAACCUUCUCGAGCCCGAGGUUGCAUCAAAGUCACUUAUUUUCCUGGAUCAAUUCGUCGUCCAAAAUGCUGGCACAAAGAUGGGAUUUCUUUAUCAGGAUCUGAUUGAGGAUUGCUUUGUCGAGAUCGAGAGGCAAUUCCAAAUAGUAAAGAUACAAACGAAGCAGCAAGAAUCGGUCAAGGUAGCACGCAUUUCGUCGCCAGUGCCAGAUUCACAAGAGAAGCGUGUCGAGCAGCGCAAGCAGAAAGAGAAGACCAGACCUUCUCAUUCAUCUGUCUUCGAAAUUGUCGCACCCCCGGACGAGGAAGAAUCCCUUGAGCAAGAGCAACCCACAAUCAUCAAAGUUCGAGCAUCUACAGCUGAUGUCUUUUCCAAAUUGUUUGCCAAGGCAGAGUCUCGUGGUAGCGUGAGCUGGAUGGCAUUCGCAUCGGCCAUGACCGACUUGGGGUUCUCCGUGCAGCCUAAGGCCGGCUCAGUAUACACAUUCUUUCCUCCGGAGAGCAUGCACGCCAGUAAGUCCUUGACACUCCACCGGCCGCACAAAUCAGAGAUUGAGGGUCAUCGCGCCAUUGCGUACGCGAAACGCUUACGAAGAGUGUACGGAUGGAAUCAAAAGACGUUUGAAGUACAGGAGUGAAAAA